AUGCUUGAGGAAGUUCUCUCGGAACAAAAGGAGAUGAGGAGCGAGAUCAAGCAACUGACUCAGAGGCUGGAGAACUCAGAAAAACACCAGAAGAUGCAAGAUAGUCAGAUAGCCCAGAUAGCUCAGUCCGUCUCAAGAGCACAGGGUACAUUCCCAGGGAAACCAGAUCUAAAUCCGGUGGAACAUUGCAAUCGCAUUGAGCUACGGAGCGGACGUACUGUGGGAAACCCUCAAAUUAUCACUCAGAUGGAGGUUGACUCAGAAAAGGAACCCACUCUCCUAAUGCCCAAUCAGACUCAAAAUAGGGAUGGAGAAGAGGGCACUAAAAAGAUUGGAGAAGCUUGCCAGACUACCCCACAAAAUCAGAGGAUCUCAUUCCCUCAAAAGCUUAUAGCAUCCCAAAAGGAUGAAGAGUUUCAUCGAUUUCUGAAAAAGGUUAAAGAGAUUUGCAUUGAGGGAAUCUUAUCCAAUAGAAGGCGAAAAGGUGACUUCGAGACCAUAGCAUUGACAGAGGGCUGCAGUGCUCUUUUUAUGGCAAAUUCCCCACCAAAACUUCAAGAUCCAGGAAGUUUCUCCAUACCGUGCAAAAUCAUCUCUGAACUCAUACCGAGAGCCUUCAGCGAUCUGGGAGCUAGUGUCAGCCUACUCCCGUACUCUCUGUGCAAGAAGCUGAGACUCCAGAGCAUUAAACUGACUACUAUGACACUGCAGUUGACUGCCCAUUCAUGUAGAUUCCCAAUGGGUAUAGUGGAAGAGGUUCCAUUAGAAGUGGGGGGUUGUGUCAUCCCCACAGACUUCAUCAUUAUGGAUAUGAAGGAGGACCCCAAAAUCCCGAUCAUUCUUGGAAGACCCUUCCUUGCCACGGCAGGAGCCCUCAUUGAUGUGAAGAAUCACAAGCUAUCAUUGGAGAUCGAUAAAGAGAGAAUUGAAUUUGAUUUGUCCAACUCCUCUAACUGUGUCUCCUUUUCCCAAGGAAAUCCUAGCAGGAUAGACACACGCAAAAUCGAUGAGUGCACCUUUCGAGAAAAUUCCCCUCCCGCGGACGACAAAAAGUAUAUGUCCUGCGCGAGAAAAGCUAAAGGCGCAGAUGGGGACACUAACCCUAGGAGGAGAGCCACGCUUCCAUGGGUUUAG